AUCGACGUAGCAACACACUCACACUUUGCUUCUUUUACCAACACUCAAAUUUCACGUAUUUAUAGCGAAACAUAUGUAGAAGAAUUUUCAGUUUCUGUUUGUUUCUCAACGGAGAAAAAUCGUAACUUCUCGUUUAUCACGAUUGUGAACUUUUCAUUUCAACUUAGAAGCAGAAAAAAAUUAUUUUCUUGAAAAUUUCGAAAGAAAAUUCUCGGGAAGUUUGAGACGAGAGCAUGUUAAUGCAAUAAAUUUUUAUGUUUGAGACAAACCUAAUUGGAAAAUUUUCAACACUGCCAUAGCCUCUACGAAGAGUUCAAUUGCUGAAAAAAAAAGUAAAAGAACAGCCGGAAAAAAAGUUGAAAAAUAAAAUCUGAGCAAACGCAAAGUAGCAACAACGAAAAAAAAAAAAUCUAAAAAGUGACUACGUGACUACGAGAGCCAAGAGUCGAUUGAAGAUAAAAUAAAUUAAUUUGACAGCAGAAAAGCAUUACACUUCUAGUCAUUGACUUUCAGCCUACUUACUUCGUAAGCUUUUCAAGUGAUAUCUAAAGCAGAGAAUAAAAUUAUUCAGUGUUCUUAGCUUCAACCAAAAAAAAACAAAAAAGUUUAAAAAAUUAAAUUAGGGAAGCUUAAAGUUAAAUUUGAAAAUUAAGUAAAAUGUCAGCAUCACCAAUUGCCCGCCAAGCGCACACCCACGCUCAAAUGAUUCCAUCCAUGCGCAGGGUUCUCAUUAGCGAUCCAUCUCAAAUGCCUGACGUUUAUUCGUCGACACCGAAUGGAACUAUUUAUGGAACAACACCUGGAGGCACAAAGAUCGUUUAUGAAAGAACAUUUUUGAUGAAUUUGCGCAACUCACCGUUGAGUCAAACACCGCCUAAAAAUAUUCCAUGUCAUUUGAUGAAAGAUGAUCGAAGCAAUUUUCAUAAUCGCAAUCAUCAAAACCAAAUGAAUGGAACUUAUCACCCGCCUCAACAACAUCAUAAUAAGAAUAACAACAACAAUCAACAUCAAUUACACAAGGAGAAAGAUAAGAGCAAUGGAUGGAGCAAAGUCAGAGGAUCGUCUGACGCUGAAGAACAUCAAUUCGAUAUGGAUAUUUAAGCGUUUCAUUCUUUCAUCAUUUACUUGAAGCUGAUAAGCAUUAUUUGCAGACGUUUGCGUCUUAAAUUUUUUACUUUUUUUCUCUUUUCUUUCUACUUGUUUCAAGAUUAUUUAGUCGAUCACAAAACAAAAAUCAAAAACACAAAAAAAAAAGUUUAAAAACAUGAAAGCAGAUAAAAAAUUAAUAAUCUAGAUGUUAAGAUAUUAAAAUCAAGAAGAAAAGGAAAGAAAAGAAAAAAAAACUCAAUGCUUUAGCUUAUAAAUUUAAAAAAUUGUUUACGAACCUCUAAAAUAUUCUAAAUUAGAAUAUCAUUUGAACAUGUUAAACAUUCUUUUUGAUUAAAUGACGUUUGAUGAGCGCCCACGACUCGUGGCAUGAAAGAUGUAGAAAAGCGAAACAAACAUAAAAUCUUUUCUCUCGUUCUUCGAUUAAAGGUUCGGUUCAGUCAAAAGCAGAAGAGCUGAAGCGCGCAGUCAUUAAGUUUUAAUUUUAGUUUCAUAUUUUUUUAGCUUGCUCCCUGUUGAAUAGAUUUUCAUUUUCAUCACAAGAAAAAUUAGUGAAAAUUAUGCUACAAAAUCCUUAAUUCUACAACCACCCACCACCACCAAUUAAGACAUGAAAACAAAAACUUUUUUCCCUUUCAUCAUCAACUUAAUCAAAAAGAGAUGUCGUGAUAUAAAUUGAUGGAAAAUGGUUGUUGAACUUCAAUCAUUAAUUGUUUUCUAUUACCUAAACAUAUUUUUCUCUCGAUUUAUAAUCGAUUUUUCACCAAAAUUUGAUGGUUUAAAAGUCUAACAUUUUCUUGUUGAUUUAUUCACGGAUAAAUUUGGAUAAAUGUCGAAAGAAACAUGGAGAUAAUUUUUGUACGGAUCUAAAUCUUACUUUAUAAUAGAAUUAAUUAAUCCUAAUAAAGAAAAAUACGAAAAAAAUACAAAAACGAAAAUUCAAAACCUGUUUUAAUUACUUAAUUAGCACAUUUCAGUUUAUGAAUGAAUAACUUUUAUAAUUCCACAUCUUGUCAUAAGUUUUCUUAUUUAUUUUUCCGGAUAAAUUUUUGACAUGACACAGA